AUGGUAAGGAUUACAUAGUCAUCUCUGGUGGUAACUCAAGAAAGCGAAUUCAAUUUCAUCUUACGUAUUCUCAAUACCAACAUUGACGGUCGCCGCAAGGUUAUGUACGCUUUGACUGCAAUUAAAGGAAUUGGGAGACGCUUUUCGAACCUCAUUCUCAAAAGAGCUGGAGUUGACCUUACCAAACGAGCUGGACAACUGACUGAGGAAGAAAUCGAGAAAAUCGUCACCAUCAUCAAUAAGCCAACUGAAUAUAACAUUCCAACUUGGUUUUUGAACAGAAGAAGGGAUAUUGUUGUGGGGACUGAUUCACAGAUAGUUGCUAACUUUUUGGAUGCAAAAAUGAGAGAGGAUUUGGAAAGGAUGAAGAAAAUGAUGCUUCAUAGAGGGCUGAGACAUUGGUGGGGAGUCAAAUGUAGAGGACAGAAGACCAAAACUACAGGCAGAAGAGGUAAGACUGUUGGUGUUGCUAACUUCUCACUAGCGAGUGAGCAUUUUGUUUGCUCAAGGAGAGGGGUUAAUUUUUUAUUAAAUUCUUUUUUUCAAAAUUAAUAUUUGCAAAUUUUCAUAAGCUUAAUUUUAUUUAUAAAAUUUUUUAUAAUGCAAGCCUUUAAAUUUAUAGAAUUGAUUAGAGAUUCAAUAUAUUAUAAUAAUAACUAUUUAUCAAAUCUUUUUAUAAUCGUUGGACUUUUUCAAAUGUUGUGCUCGCUUGGAGAGGAGUAAGAAGAAGUAA